AGGUGAGACAGAUGACUCGUACAUCUGCCCCUACUGCCGGGCGGAGCUGAGUUCCCGCGAGCAGCUAGAGGAGCACCGAGUGGCGUGCGGGCGUGACCCUCCCGUGCUGCCGGUGCCGGAGACGCCCCCCGGCCACCACGAGGGCGCGCACCCCGACGAGCUGCGGCGGCACCAGGACGUGGCCAACAACAACCAGGCGCACGCGCUCAAGGCCCGCACCGCCCACGAGACGACCCCCGAGUCGCGGGAGUCGUCCGUCGACCGCAACAAUGGCUACGACAGCGACAGCAACCCGCUGGAAAGCGGCCCUCUGGCGCAAAUCAGACAGAUCCUAGCGCAGUCGAACACCGCCAGCGCGCCCGUGGGCCCCAUUCACCAGCAGCUGGCGCAGUCCAACCUGGCCCUCGAGGCCAUCCAGAACACCAGGAUGGCACUGACGCAGUUCGCGACGUCGGCGCUGAACUCUUCCCAGAACAACCCGCAGGCGAUGCAGGAGUUCGCCAUGUUGCAAGGGACGUUGUAUACCUUGGAGAACAACAACCAGGAAAGCGUCAGCAGCUCCUUCCUCAGCUCCCUCAUGGAGCGCUUCAAGGCUCCCCCCAGCAAUGAGAGCAGCGGCGAGCGCCCUACGCAAGGCUCCCCCAUGGUGUCCGCCAGCACCAGCGGGCCCCCCAUCGCCCAGAGACCGCCCGAUCUCGCCGCCCAUGACGGCCUCCAGCAUCGCGUCCUCCGUGAUCCAGCACACGGAACCCCCGCCGUCCGACGAGCCCAACACGCUGGAGAUGCUUCAGCGUACUGCCAACAACGUACUCAACAACGCCUCGCAAGGUCUCCUCACCAGCCGACUCAUCGACGACCACAAGCCCCCGGACGGCAAGGACCCCUACUACAAGCAUCGAUGUCGCUACUGCGGCAAGGUCUUCGGCAGCGACUCGGCCCUCCAGAUCCAUAUCAGAUCCCACACUGGAGAGAGACCCUUCAAGUGCAACGUCUGUGGAAACAGAUUUACCACCAAGGGCAACCUGAAGGUGCACUUCCAGCGUCACGCACAGAGGUUCCCCCACGUGAAGAUGAACCCACAUCCAGUCCCGGAACACUUAGACAAGUUCCACCCGCCCCUGCUAGCGCAGCUUGGAGAGCUGAAGGACUAUCCCUCUCCUCCCACCGGGCCUCCGAACCCCUUCCCAUCCAUGUCGGGCGGCCCUGCCCUACCUCCGUACCGGCUGCCGGGCCCGCCCCCAUCCCUCGACCUCCACAGACCCUUUAACCUCCUCAACCUCGCCAGACAGCCACGCGACGACGAACCCGAGAACCUCAGCGUGUCGGAGACCCGGUCGUCGCCCGAGGCUCUGCGGCGAGAUUUCGGCAUGGACAGAGGCGAUUCCAGCAUGGACGUGGACGACAGCUCUCGGCACUCCAACAGAUUCGACUCGAAACUGGAGAAGGGCGAGAGCGACCCCGUGGACAUGGUCAGCAUGGCGGGAAUAGGCCUCAAUGAAAACAGCUCCGACAGAGAGAAAAGAUUCGAGUCAAAGCCUUUCGAAGAGGAAAAAACUUUCGGCAGCAAUCCAUUAAAGGACGAGAAGUAUGAAGAAGCGAAGAGAUUCGGAGAAGAGAACAGAUUUCUAGAGAAAAGGUUCGAAGAGGAGAAGAGGUUCGAGGAGGAGAAGAGGUUCGAGGAGGAAAAGAGGUUUGAAGAAGACAAGAGGUUCGAGGAGGAGAAGCGUUUCGAAGAAGAGAAGAGAUUUGAAGAAGAUAAGGCUUUCGAAGACAGAAGCUUCGACGACGAAAGCAGGAUGAUGGAGAGCGAGAACAAGUUCGACAGCGAAAGGAAGUUCAAGAGCGAGCGGGAGACGUCCGAGGACCGCUUCCUGAACUCGCAGGAGAUGCGCGAUUUGUCGGACAGGAAGAGCUCAGACAGUGACAUGAGUGCCAAACCACACCCCUUGGACAUCCGCGUCCGCACCGAGAAGGAGCUGAAGGACGCCGCCGAUGGGAACAGUGCCAAAGAGGACCAGGACAUGGACAGCAGCGACUCCCGUCCUCUCAGCACGGACCAGCCAACUGACCUCAGGAUGAGACCAGACUUUCGUCCACUCGGGCUGCCGACUAUUCCAUUCUCAGGCCCUAGGCUUCCCCUGAACUUCCCCUUUCUUCCCGGCCUUCCUACCUCAUUUCCCGGGCCGAUGGGCCCCCCGAGCAUCCCCCCAGGCGUCGACCCAGCCAAAGAUCCACAUAUCUACACAAACCUCCUGCCCAAGCCCGGGAGCUCCGAUAACUCGUGGGAGGCGCUGAUCGAGAUCCAGAAGACGAGCGAAACGAUGAAACUGGAGCAGCUCGUCAACAACAUCGAGAACAAGCUGACGGACCCGAACCAGUGCAUCAUCUGCCACCGCGUCCUCUCGUGCAAGUCGGCGCUGCAGAUGCACUACCGCACGCACACUGGAGAAAGACCUUUCAAAUGCAAAAUCUGCGGGCGCGCCUUCACCACGAAGGGUAACCUCAAGACUCACAUGGGCGUCCACCGCGCCAAGCCGCCCAUGAGAAUGCUGCACCAGUGCCCAGUGUGCCACAAGAAGUACACCAACGCCCUGGUGCUUCAGCAGCAUAUCCGGCAGCACACGGGAGAGCCCACCGAUCUGACCCCCGAGCAGAUCGCCGCCGCGGAGGUCAGGGACUACCCGCACCUGCACACGCCGACGUCGCUCCCGCAGAUGCUGUCGCAAGGAUUCCCUCUGCCGCCGCCGCCCCUGCAAGGCUUCCCUCCCUUGCCCCUGCACCUCAGGUACCAGUUGUCCCCCGAGGCCCUCAGGCACCGGGAGAUCAUGGAGAGCGAAGAUCGGGGCAACGAGGAGGAGAAGUACCUUCGUCCCUUCAGCAACUCCUCCAGGUCGUCCUCGACGGGCAGCGCCGAGCAGCGCACCGCCGAGGACCUGACGGUGAGGGCUCGCGAGGACAACUACAACGGCAUGACCUCCCCCCGCGCCUCCGUCUCGCCGACGCCGUCGGAUUACUCUGACCUUGGCGAGAGGUCGCAUGACGCUCCUGCUGACAGUCAGGUGUCGCCGCCCGACCAUAAUAUCAGCGGCUCCGUCAGCCCCGCCGUCAGCACAGGAAGUCAGGACGGAGGAGUACCUCUGCCCUUGGACUUGGCGCAGCGCUCUCACCCGCAUCUGUUCUCGCCCUUCGGACUGUUCCCGCCGCCCCUCACGACGGGCCCUCUGACGCCCGGCACCCACUCCAUGCCCGGCCUCAACCCGCUCUACAUGCCCAGCAUGCCAGGCCGCGGCAACACCACGUGUCAGAUUUGCUUCAAAACCUUCGCUUGUCAAUCGGCGCUUGAGAUCCACAUCCGAUCCCACACGAAGGAGCGGCCCUUCAAGUGCAGCAUCUGCGACCGGGGCUUCUCAACUAAGGGGAAUAUGAAGCAGCACAUGUUGACCCACAAGAUCCGCGAUGGGUGCCGCGACCAGCCCCUGGACCCCAACAAGAGCAACGGGCCCGGAACCCCAGGCCUGGACACGUCGUCGGCGUCCCCGUCGCUCAUCUCGCCCCUCACGUCCUCCGUCGUCUCCCCGCUCCCGUCGUCGCUCGCCUCGCCUCUCCCUUCCUCUCUUGCAUCGCCUCUUCCCUCUUCGCUCGCCUCGCCCCUUCCAAUCUCACUGGCCUCGCCCCUUCCAAUCUCACUGGCCUCGCCUCUGCCCCCCACGCUCGCCUCCCCUCACCCGUCGUCCCUCGCCUCCCCUCUCCCGGCGUCGCUCGCCUCCCCACUCCCCGCGUCUCUCACGUCUCCUCUCCCCGCCUCCCACGCCUCCCCACUUCCCUCUUCCCUUACCUCUCCCCUCCCCGCCUCGCUAACCUCGCCCCUGCCCGCCUCUCUCCCCUCUUCGCUACCCCCGUCGUUCCCCCCCGCAGCCGUGGCCGCAGCCCUCCUGCAGCAGGCUAAGCGACCGUCAGGCCCCGGUGGAGAGGGCGAGCUCCUCGAGUCGGGCAACCCGAUGGAGGGGGAGCAGCAGCAGGGAUGCGACCCCGCCCCCUGCCCCUCGCCCGCCCCUGAGGUCAUGCCCUUGCCGAGGACGUGAUCCAUGCCAACCCUCUGUAACAGAGGAAUUGUGCCCGGAGUGGUCCGCCUGCCUCCGACAUGGCCGCCGUGGUUCUACAAGUAACCAAGUUACUCAUCGCUUACCCACAAGUUACCCGAAUCCCCGCCCUCUCCAAAACGUGCCCGGCCCCCUCCCCGCCCGCGUCCCCCUCCGCUUCGAACGCGGGGGGGCGAUCGCGGCCCCGGGGUCUAGAGCUUAAAGCUUUGCCGUUUUAGUGGUCCAGGAGAGGCCGCUCUGGUGAGGACCAUCAGACCUUGGAUAUGUGGCUUUGAAAAAGUUUCUUUAUGGUGACGAGUGAUGGUGAAUGACGAUUGCAGAGAGACGGAAAACCAGUGAAAAUAAUAAUGAUGAUGAUAAUUUACGAAAUAAAUGAAGGAUGAAUAA